AUGCAGAGGUCUCCCCUGGAGAAGGCGAACAUCUUCUCCAAACUUUUCUUCAGAUGGACAAACCCAAUUUUGAAAAAGGGUUACAGACGACGGUUGGAGCUCUCAGAUAUUUAUCAAAUCCCUUCUGCAGACUCUGCUGAUAAUCUUUCUGAAAAACUGGAAAGAGAAUGGGACAGAGAGCUAGCAACUUCAGAGAAGAAACCCAAACUCAUCAAUGCUCUGCGACGAUGCUUUUUCUGGAAAUUUACGUUCUAUGGAAUAAUUUUAUAUUUAGCGGAAGUCACCAAAGCUGUGCAGCCCCUUCUGCUGGGGAGAAUAAUAGCUUCCUAUGACCCAGACAACUCUGAUGAAAGAUCCAUAGCCUACUACCUGGGCAUUGGCUUGUGCCUCCUCUUUGUUGUGAGAACACUGCUUAUCCACCCUGCUAUAUUCGGUCUUCAUCACAUUGGAAUGCAAAUGAGGAUAGCUAUGUUUAGCUUGAUUUAUAAGAAGAUCCUAAAACUGUCAAGCAGAGUUCUAGAUAAAAUAAGUACUGGACAAUUGGUCAGUCUUCUCUCCAACAACCUGAACAAAUUUGAUGAGGGUCUUGCUCUGGCUCAUUUUGUAUGGAUUGCACCAUUACAAGUGGCACUGCUGAUGGGAUUGCUCUGGGAUAUGUUAGAAGCUUCUGCAUUUUCUGGACUUGCUUUUCUAAUAGUCAUGGUCUUAUUCCAAGCCUGGCUGGGACAAAUGAUGAUGAAAUACAGGAAUAAGAGAGCAGGAAAGAUCAAUGAGAGACUUGUCAUCACCUCAGAAAUAAUUGAAAAUAUACAGUCAGUUAAAGCCUAUUGUUGGGAAGAUGCAAUGGAAAAAAUGAUUGAAAACAUCCGUGAAACUGAAUUGAAGCUUACCCGAAAAGCUGCUUAUGUGAGAUAUUUCAACAGCUCAGCCUUCUUCUUCUCGGGCUUUUUUGUGGUGUUCUUGGCUGUGCUUCCGUAUGCCGUGAUUAAAGGAAUUACUCUCCGAAAAAUAUUCACCACCAUUUCCUUCUGCAUUGUUCUUCGAAUGACAGUGACCAGGCAGUUUCCCGGCUCUGUGCAGACCUGGUAUGACUCUAUUGGAGCAAUAAACAAAAUACAGGAUUUCUUGCUGAAAAAAGAAUAUAAAGCUCUGGAGUAUAAUCUAACAACCACUGGGGUUGAGCUGGACAAAGUAACAGCUUUUUGGGAUGAGGGAAUUGGAGAGCUAUUUGUAAAAGCAAACCAGGAAAACAACAAUAGCAAAGCUCCUAGCACUGACAGAAAUCUCUUCUUCAAUAAUUUUCCCCUUCAUGCCUCUCCUGUUCUUCAGGACAUAAAUUUCAAGAUUGAGAAGGGGCAGCUAUUGGCUGUUUCUGGAUCUACUGGAGCAGGCAAGACUUCUCUUCUGAUGUUGAUAAUGGGAGAAUUGGAGCCUUCACAGGGUAAGAUUAAGCACAGUGGAAGGAUAUCCUUUUCACCUCAAGUCUCAUGGAUCAUGCCUGGAACAAUAAAGGAGAACAUAAUUUUUGGUGUAUCCUAUGAUGAAUACCGGUACAGGAGUGUCAUCAAAGCCUGCCAACUAGAGGAGGAUAUUUCCAAGUUCCCAGAAAAAGAUUAUACUCUGCUCGGUGAAGGUGGAAUCAUUCUGAGUGGAGGUCAACGAGCACGGAUCUCACUGGCAAGGGCAGUGUACAAAGAUGCUGAUUUGUAUCUCCUGGAUUCUCCCUUUGGACACUUAGACAUUUUUACAGAAAAAGAGAUAUUUGAAAGCUGUGUAUGCAAGUUGAUGGCGAAUAAAACAAGGAUCUUGGUUACUUCAAAAUUGGAACACUUAAAGAUUGCUGACAAAAUAUUAAUCUUACAUGAAGGGAGCUGCUAUUUCUAUGGAACAUUUUCGGAACUUCAGGGUCAACGGCCAGACUUCAGCUCAGAGCUGAUGGGAUUUGACUCUUUUGAUCAGUUCAGCGCAGAGAGAAGAAAUUCAAUCCUUACUGAGACUCUCCGACGAUUUUCCAUUGAAGGAGAAGGCGUGGGAUCGCGCAAUGAAAUAAAGAAGCAAUCUUUUAAACAAAAAUCAGAUUUGAACGACAAGAGGAGGAACUCUGUGAUUAUUAACCCCCUUAAUGCAAAUAGGAAGUUCUCAGUGGUGCAGAAGAACGGGGUGCAGGUCAAUGGGAUAGAGGACGGGCACAGUGACCCGCUGGACAGGAGGGUCUCGCUGGUGCCCGACGUGGAGCAGGGCGACGUGGCCCUGCUGAGGAGCGGGAUGCUCAGGCCUGACCAUCUGCUGCAGGGGCACAGGAGGCAGUCGGUGCUCAACCUCAUGACGAGCACCUCUGUCAGCUACGGACCAAACUUCCCCAAGAAGGGAAGUACAACCUUUCGGAAAAUGUCCAUGGUGCCUCAGACAAACCUGUCUGCUGAGAUGGAUAUCUACACCAGGCGGGUGUCGCGAGACAGCGUCCUGGACAUAAGUGAUGAAAUCAAUGAAGAGGAUCUGAAGGAGUGCUUCAGUGAUGAUGCUGAAAGCAUGGGUACUGUUACUACAUGGAAUACCUACUUCAGAUACGUUACUAUCCACAAAAACUUGAUUUUUGUUCUGAUUUUGUGUGUGAUUGUCUUCCUAGCUGAGGUAGCUGCUUCUCUUGCUGGGGUAUGGUUUCUUCAAAAGACAGCUUUGAAGGCAAAUUCAACCCAGGCAGAAAACAGCACCUCUGACAAACCUCCUGUGAUUGUCACUGUCACUAGCAGCUACUACAUCGUUUACAUCUACGUGGGUGUGGCAGAUACUCUGCUUGCCAUGGGAAUCUUCAGAGGUUUGCCCCUUGUGCACACACUUAUAACAGUGUCUAAAACUCUUCAUCAGAAGAUGGUGCAUGCAGUUCUUCAUGCACCUAUGUCAACCUUCAACUCUUGGAAAGCAGGUGGUAUGCUUAACAGAUUCUCAAAAGAUACGGCCAUACUGGAUGACAUACUUCCACUUACAGUAUUUGACUUCAUUCAGUUAAUACUGAUUGUGAUUGGCGCUAUAACAGUAGUCUCAAUAUUAGAACCCUACAUCUUCCUGGCAUCAGUGCCUGUGAUAGCAGCCUUUAUUCUGUUAAGGGCAUACUUCCUCCACACUUCUCAGCAGCUGAAACAACUGGAAUCUGAAGCUCGGAGUCCAAUUUUCACCCAUCUUGUUACAAGCUUAAAGGGGCUGUGGACACUGCGAGCUUUUGGGCGGCAGCCGUAUUUUGAGACCUUAUUUCACAAAGCUCUGAACCUACACACGGCAAACUGGUUCCUCUACCUGUCAACACUGCGCUGGUUCCAGAUGAGGAUAGAAAUCAUUUUUGUUGUCUUUUUUGUUGCUGUGGCAUUUAUCUCUAUCAUAACUACAGGUGAAGGACCAGGUACAGCUGGAAUUAUUCUUACUUUAGCUAUGAACAUCAUGGGAACCUUGCAGUGGGCAGUAAACUCAAGCAUAGAUGUUGAUAGUUUGAUGCGGUCUGUCGGACGAAUAUUUAAAUUCAUUGACAUGCCAACAGAAGAGACAGAAAGCAUUAAGCCACAGAAGAAUAAUCAGUUUUCAGAUGCCCUUGUAAUUGAAAACAGGCAUGUGAAGGAAGAGAAGAACUGGCCAUCUGGGGGCCAAAUGACUGUGAAAGACCUUACAGCCAAAUACGGUGAAGGUGGACCUGCUGUACUAGAAAAUAUUUCUUUUUCAAUAAGUUCAGGGCAGAGGGUGGGCCUUUUAGGAAGAACAGGUUCAGGAAAAAGCACUUUACUUUUUGCAUUUUUAAGACUGCUGAAUACAGAAGGGGAUAUCCAGAUUGAUGGAGUCUCCUGGAACACAGUCAGCGUGCAGCAAUGGAGAAAAGCAUUUGGAGUGAUUCCUCAGAAAGUGUUCAUAUUUUCUGGAAGUUUUCGCAUGAAUUUGGAUCCUUAUGGGCAGUGGAAUGAUGAAGAAAUAUGGAAAGUUGCAGAGGAGGUUGGGCUGAAGUCUGUAAUAGAGCAAUUUCCAGGCAAGCUUGAUUUUGUUCUUGUGGAUGGAGGCUGUGUCCUCAGCCAUGGCCACAAGCAGCUGAUGUGCCUUGCCCGGUCAGUUCUCAGCAAAGCUAAAAUCUUGCUGCUCGAUGAACCAAGUGCUCACCUGGACCCUGUAACUUCCCAAGUGAUCAGGAAGACCCUGAAGCACGCGUUUGCCAACUGCACAGUGAUACUGUCCGAGCACAGGCUGGAGGCAAUGCUGGAAUGCCAGAGGUUUUUGGUGAUUGAGGACAAUAAGCUGAGGCAGUACGAAUCCCUUCAGAAGCUGCUGAACGAGAAGAGCUCCUUCAGGCAGGCCAUCAGUCACGCUGAGCGCCUUAAGCUCCUGCCAGCACACCACAGAAACUCCAGCAAACGUAAACCCCGACCCCAAAUCACUGCCUUGCAGGAGGAGACAGAGGAAGAAGUGCAGGAGACAAGACUGUGAGAAGCUGUGUAGAGACCUUUGUGGAGUGAAUGGUCAGCAGUGCCCCACCGUGACAGGACCAGCACUUCUGAAGCUGCCUCAGCCGUGCACAAAUUCAGCCUUCCAGGA